AUGAGUUUAGAUAAGCAGCUUAAAUAAAAUGAGCUUAGAUUUUCUGAGAUGGAAAAUAUGCAGUCUUCGUCACUACAGGAGCAAACUCCCGUUUAAUCACCAAAGAUCAAGUAGAUUCCUCUAUUAGAAAGAUUGAUCAGAAUAUUACAAAAAGGGCAGAGGACCAGGAAUGAAAAAGACUUGGAGCAUUUAGUCCCUUUAAUAAAAGAAAUUCAAUUUUUCAAGGAGAGGGAUAUAAAGGAUUAAGAUUUCGUUGAGAUAGUUUCAUGCCUAACAUAUGAAAACUUCAAAAUGGGAGAUACAGUAUUUGAAUGGGGUACAAACGGAGAUAAAUUUUACAUAAUAAUUGAAGGUCAUGUUAGUGUAAUGAUCCCUCAUCCAGAUAUUAAAGAUGUUAACGCUUAAAUAGAUUAGUAAAGAAGUCUGAUUGAUUAAAAGAAAGAUUUUUUGAAAGGUAUUUAAGUAUAGAUUGAUGCAGAAAAAAGAGACAUAGAUAAAAAGCUUUAGGAAUCACUGAUCAUGAAUAAGAAAGAGAGUAUUAAAUUACAAGCUUCAUAUGAGUCCCCUGAAAAUAGAAGAAAGACAAUGAUCAGGCCAGCCAUGAAAAUAAAUUCUAGCCUAAUGAACCAAGAGUACUACUCCUCUAAUAAUCUAACUCCAGAGUAAUAGAAAUAAUGGUCAGUAUCAAAGCCUUCCUUUAAUCCAAUUAAUUCUAACAAUAAGUCAUUUAGCUUCAAUAGACCAUCCGAGUUGCUGAGUGUUUACUAAAACAUACCUUAGUAAUCAACUUCAUCUAUGAUAGGCUUAAUGACUAAUUAGAGUUCAAUAAUUAAUAAACCAUCAGCCAGAAACUAUCUAAAUCUUAAUAUGCUUGAGAAAAUUACAGAUUAAAAAUCUAAUACCUCCUCUGAAAGCUCUAAGUAUCCCAGUAAUUCAAGAAGAGAAGAUAAGAAACAUUCAUCUAGACAGAAUAUAAAGAAAGAUCUUUCUCUAGAGGAAUAAAAAUAAUAAAUUCUAGAAUAAAUAAAGGAGCUGAGAUAUUAAGAAGAGCAAAGUUUAUUCAUUGAAAUUGUGAAGCUACAAUCAGGUAAAAGCUUUGGAGAAAUAGCAUUAAUCAAGAAUAAACCUAGAGCAGCAACAAUUAAAUGCAAUACUGACUGUCAUUUAGCAGUAAUGUCUAAAUCAGAUUACCAAAAGGUUUUGCAACGUAUAGAGUAAAAAUCCCUAAAUAAAAUAGUUGAUUUUCUACACUAGAUUCCAUUUCUCCAUUCUUGGACCCGUACCUCGCUUUCAAAACUUUAAUAUUCUUUUGAAUAAAGAAUAUAUAAGAGAAAUCAGACAAUUUAUAAGGAAGGAGAAGAAAGUAAUUAUGUUUAUUUGGUAAAAUCAGGAGAAUUUGAGGUCUCAAAAAGAAUAUAAUUUGAAGAGAAAAAAAAGUUAAAUACCAAAGAUUAUCUAGGAGUAAAAGAAGAAGAAAAAGAUGAUCCAAAAAAAGUAAUAAGUUAUGUCAAAGUCAAUUAAGAUAGUCUUGAUAUGGAGGAUUUUUUGGCUUAAACCUCAAAAGAAAAGAAAAAGAAGCAAAAGGGAAGCAUAUAUAUAGAGGAUAAUAGCAAGUUAUAAAAUCCUCAAAUCUCAUACAAGCUAGCAAUUGUGGGUUGCGGUUAAUUAUUGGGCGAAGAAGAUGUGCUAUCAAAUAAUAGAAGAUACACAACAAAUGUUACCUGCAGUUCCAUCUAAGGAGAAAUAUUCUGUAUCAAGAGUGAUGAGUUCCAUCGAAGGGUCAAAUCAAACAAUGAGUCCUGGAAAGUUGUGAUACUUAUGGCACUUGCUAAAGAGAGAGCGAUCAGAGCAAAGAUUUUCAAAGUCAGAAAGAUAAUUUAAACAAAAAGGGAAGAGGGUUACUCAGCUCUUAACCAGGUUACAAGCUAUUUACUAAAUUAAAAUGAAUAUGAUCUUAGAGAAACAAUCAGAGAAAUCAUUGACUAAUUUCCCUCAGUAGAAGAUCAUAAAAAGUUGAUUCAAUAUUAUUCAGUAAGACCAGAUUUCAAUUCUAGAUAGUAAAAGACACAUUUAAUUGAAAAUGAAACAUCAAGAAUAGAGCAUAGCAAAUCUAAGGAGUCUAGGGUCAAAUUUUCAAAGAAAACUAUUGAUAUGAGUUUUAAUGAGAUGGCAAAAACCAGCAAUAUUAUGAUUCAAAAUUUGAAAGAUCAGAAUCAUUUUAGUACUAAAAGGGGAGAAAAUAGUUAGGAGAGAAAUAACUAUAGAAUGCAGAAUCUCUAUCAUUAAUCAUUAUCUCCAGUAAAUAAAGAUGAACAUAAGUAAUAGAUUAAGAAUUCCUCAAGCAAGUGCUAUAUAUCAUCGAAGAUAGCUAAUAUUCUUGAUGUAUUCGAAAAAGAAGAUGAUAUUGGAAGAGAAAAUUCCCCUAGCUUUAAAAUCAAGAGAAAAUUAUAACCAGACAAACUUGAAUUCAAACUAGAUAAGUAGAGCAGACUUCUAAAAAACAUGAUUAAAAACUAAGGAGAAUAGACACCAAGCAAGACUCAAAGACCUCUCUCGAAUAGCAAAACUACCAAUGAAAAAUUGAAAAUGAUUAUUGAAGAUCAGCAGAUUACUUAAAAUUUACUUGGAGGUGAAUCAAGAUAGGCACAAAUGUAAGUAGAAGGACACUAAGCUCAGGGAUAAAUGAUUAACUACUCGUAGUUUCUAGAUAGCAAAAUUACCCAUUCUAAGAAUCUACUAUCAUUUGACAAGUCAAACUUUCCUUAGUCAGAGUCAUUCAGAAUACCUUUAAAAAGCUUAAAUAUAUUGCCAGUAGCCAGUUAAGUGAAUCCUUUGAAAAAUGAAGUGGUUAGCAGCAGUAACUAGAUUAACUCAAUUGGAAAUAUAGGUGAUGCAGCAACUGUAAAUAAUAAGUCAGUUAUUGGUGAUAACUCAACAAGAUACGCUAAUUUUCAAAGCCAAAUUAGGUCUAAAACACAAACUAAGAACAGAAGCGGAGUCAUCUUAACUUAAAAAAUGGGUAUUGAUUCUAUAAAAUUGAUGCCACUAAAUCAUAGUAUUCUAGGUAAACUUGAGGAAGUAACGAUCCCUCUUGCUUAACCACUCAAACAAAAUAUCUAUAUGUCAGUAGCAUCAACUAUUAAUCCUGCGAAUAAAUAUAGAGCUUAAAUUAAGAGGAAUCUUGCUAACUAAAAGCAUAAAAGACUUUCAAUGAGAGAAAGAUAAUUUCAAAGAUUAUCUUCUAACACCAAUGGUACCUAUUUCAACCUCUCUCAGCAUCAAAUUUAAGAUAUAUGA